AUGAAUUAUCAUAAGAUUUUAGGUGUAACAAGAAAUGCUUGUAAAAAAACAAUUCGUGAGGCAUACUUAAAAAAAGUCAAAUUAUACCACCCAGAUUUAAAUAAAAGCCCUGAUGCCACAACAAAAUUUAAGCAAAUUCAGGAAGCAUAUCAAGCUCUAUAUAAUGAUAAUUACUCACAAAAAUUGUAUGAUAGCGAAAAUACUUAUAAUCAAAGAAGCAAUUCUGAAAAUAAAAAAAGCAAUAAAAAUUAUAAUGAGUUCAACGAUUUCCAUAGAGCAUUUUAUGAAGAAUUUCGUAGAAUGACGAAACAGGAAAAACACGACGAAUAUGCAAGAUAUACGAAUAAUAAUUACAGAUACAGCAUUAAUGACAUUUUUCAUAAAUAUCCUAGGGAAUUUUUUUACAUAAAUUUAAUGUUUAAAUUAUUUCCCCUAUUAGUGGUUCCAGCUAUAUUCCUUUUUGUUGUAUAUAAGCAAUAUAUUUUGAAGAGCUAUUUUAAAGAAAAGCCAAUACUUAUAUAUGACUCAUAUGGGCGAGCCUUUUUGAUAGAUACGCAUGGGAGGAAAUUUAGAGCAUCUGAAUUCGAUAAGUAUUAA